ACACCAAAACAGAGAGACAGAAUUCGUCAUGUCCGAAUGUAAUAAACAAAUAAUUUUCCUUUUUCUUUGUCACUCCAAAUUUACUGCCUGCAACAACUGCAAGCGCAAGGACCUUUGCUUUUCCCUCUGUUCCUUUUCCUGCACGGCUCUGUCUUCUUUUUUUUUCUUUUUUCUUUCUCACUUUCUGAUCAUUCAUGUUUUAUACUUGUAUCAUACUAUAAUUUAUAUAUGUAUACUGUAUUCCUGUUUUGUAAUAACUUAACAUUGCCUUAUCACGUGAUCCUCUCUUACAGACAGAGAAAAAAAAAAAGAUUGCAAAAGGAAGCAAUAAAUACCCAAAAAUCCAAACCCUUUUUUCUUCCCAACAGGGAGAGAGGGAGUGUGUUUCAAAGAGCUGAGUAGGAAAAGCUCUUUCUUCACGAGUUUAGUUUGUCUCCUUUUUUUUUACAUUAUUUUUGCUGUGAUUCUACUCUUGCAGCUCACUGUCUUUUGGAGUGAGAUCUUUAAUUAUUUGCAUAGAAAAAGAGAAAGAAAGAAAUAUAUACACACACUACUUCAUUUUAUUUUCUUUGUGAGAGAGCGUUUGCGUUUGAAUAUAGAGAAAGAAAAUGCAGCAGCACCUGAUGCAGAUGCAGCCCAUGGUUUCAGCUUACUAUCCCAACAAUGUCACUACUGAUCAUAUUCAACAGUAUCUGGACGAGAACAAGUCGUUGAUCUUAAAGAUUGUUGAGAGCCAGAAUUCGGGGAAAUGGAAUGAAUGUGCUGAGAACCAAGCAAGGUUGCGACGAAAUCUCAUGUACUUGGCUGCAAUUGCGGAUUCUCAGCCCCAACCCCCUGCUGUGCACCCUCAGUUCCCUUCCAGCGAUAUUAUGCAGCCAGGAUCCGGACACUACAUGCAGCAUCAACAAACCGAACCAAUAACGCCGCAAUCACUUAUGGCCUCACGGUCCUCAAUGUUGUUCGCUCGGCAACCGUUUUCGGCCCUGCAACAACAACAACAAGAAGCCUUGCAUGGACAGGUUGGCAUUAGCUCAGGCGGAAGCUCAGGUCUUAGCAUGCUACAAAGCGAAGCUAGCACUGGAGGUGGCAGCGGAGGGUUUCCGGAUUUCGCACAUGGCGGUGGCAGAGCAAUUACAGGUGGAAGCAAGCAAGAUAUUACGAGUGCUGGCGAGUCUGCUGAAGGCCGUGGUGGGAGCUCUGGAGUUCAGUGUGAUGAUGGAGGUGAAGCCCUUUACUUAAAAUGACGGGAACUAAGAGGUAAGAUUAGUGAAUCCGAGAGUCUGUCGAAACAAAGACGAACCAGUACAAUAUGUUGCAUGAGGAACUCGUUCCUGAUGCAAAAAAACAACUUAGGACUUGGCCAUGGAGCCUUUCACUGUGUUUUUUUCUAGUAUGAGACACUGCAACUUAUGGGAGUUUCAAACUUUUUUUAUUUGUAAUAAAUAUAAAAAAAUUCAAUUGAAA